AUGUCUUUGAACAACUCUCCCUAUCAUCCUCCCCUGUCCUCUUCCUCAUCCCGGCAGUCCCUGCACAAAGACACACUCUCUCGACCAGGCACCGCGUCUUCGCGGCCGAGUGAUCGACAACAGCCAAGAGCCCAACUGCCUGAAGGCCGCACAUCAACAGAUGAAACUCAUCAACACCCAGAAACAAUUGUAUCGCCCUCCCACGAUGCAGUUCUGGAUGAAACAGGAGACCAUCUCGAGGAAGGCCAAGAACAGCCUCUAUCUCACCCCGCAUUCCAGCCUUUCUUUACCUUGAUCGAAGACGCCCAUACGUCAGAUUACCACCACCCAACAGUCCACUACAUAUUCUCCGAUGAUGAUACCGGAAUUGUAACAGAGGCAGCUCUACGCAGCUUGGCCGCGCAGCAAGAAGCCCUCUCUGAUUCCAAGAAGGAACAGAUCGCGCAGACCCAAGCAUCCAAUCUCCAGGAUGAGAUCAAAGACCCUUCAGACCAAGACCCAGCCAAGACCACCCUACUUCCGCCGCCCGCUCCAGGUGUUCGGGAGAACUAUGUCAUCCUUGACGUAGAGCCUUCACCAUACACACCUGAGGCAGCGCAAACCAGUCCGAUACCCGAACAACUAGCGCCAGGCAGAGGCGGGGGUGGCAUAAGGUCCAUAUCUUCGUCACCGGCUAAUGCUUCUACAAUCCCACAGGAUCAGGGACAGCCACACCCGCAGUAUCGUGUUACCGCGGCCCAGAGCUUCUCGUCAACAUGGCAGGUUCUCCACACGGAAGUGGUGCCGGCGCCCACUUUUGAGAAUAGCAAUCCUGGCGAGCCACCAGGACAUGGGUUGAUGCUGAAGAUCCGUGGCACAGGUGGGCUGCCGAUUAAAGUGGGUGGCAAGGACAAGGAGAGUACACUUGAGGAGAUGAUGGAUCAGUUUGCGAAGCGGAUGAGCGAGUUGCAGGUUGUUAUCGAUGCUGCGGAGGCUGCGGACUCAAAGGGAGAACUUGACGGGGAAGAACUCAUGCAGCAUCCCUUCUCUCCAGACACAGUUGAAGAGACUGUUCAGGGAGAGAAGGACAGUGGUGCUUAUGCUACGGAAGUUGAAGUGGAACACUCUUGA